AAGAAGAAAAUGUCGAAGAAAGAACGCGCCCGGCUAGAGGCCGAACAGGCCGAACACCACCGGAUGGAGCUGGAGCGCGAACGGCAGCGCAAGGUGGAGGAGGAAAAGAUGCGUAAGGUGCGUGAGAAGGAAGAAGCGGAACGGAAGCAGGUCCAGGAGAUCGUGGCCAACCGGCUGCGGAAGGUCCAGCUGGAGGAGAGCUACACCUUUCUGGCGUCGGUCCGGGAAGAGGUGCGCCGGAUGCAGGCGGACACGAAGAAGGAGCGCGAGUGGGACCAGUACAUGCGCUGCAACGGGCUGCCCAAUGCGUUCGAUCCGGCCGACCUGCGGAAGUAUCUGCACUGCUGGUGCGAGAACAUCCGGGAGGCGAACGAGGCGGAGCGGAACUGGGUGCUGCAGGCGAACGAGCAGAGCAUCCUCACGCAGAACGUGCACGUGGCCAACCUGUCGAUGGAGGCGCUCAAGCUGCAGCAGCCCCAGCGCGGCAACGUGUACGCGGCCAAGGCGCUCGAAGUGCUGGGCAUCCUGGACGAGAUCGACGACGCGUUGCACGACCCGGACGUGCGCCCCUCGAUGGUGGAGGACCUGAACGAGCUGAAGGUCGAGUUCCGGAACGUGCUGGCGGAGUACAUCGACGAGUUUGCGUACAAAAUCUUGAGCAACAUCAACCGCGACAUGGCGUUCAAUGGGCUGCUGGAGGUGACGCACAAGUUCGAGUCCGAGGUGUUCAAGGCGCAUCUGUUCGGGUUGCGCGAUAUGCCGACACCGCAGCUCAAUCCGAAGGAGCGAGCCAAAGAGGACAGCAAGCACACGUCGAUCGACUUCCCCAGCCUCGGUUUCCAUCUGACACUGCCGGCGGCGGUCAAGUGCCACAAGGCGGCGAUCCGGGGUCUAUGGAUCAGCUACGAUCACUUCAGCGAUUACUGCCCGAGCUACGAUAUGCCGUACCGGCAGGAACAGUUGGCCGAUCUGCGUAUCAUUAGUCGGAUCGAGUGGAAGAAGCGCAAGGAGAUCCUGAAGGCGGUGUACGAGGAGCCGAAGGAGAAGCGCACCGAUUCCGACGACGACGAGCAGAUGAUGCCGCAGGACAUCGACGUGGACAAGAUCUACACCGAGCACGCGGACGAGCUGAUGAAGAAGGAGCGCUCCAAGAAGGGCCCCAAAACGCUCAACCUGUCCGAGUACGACGUGAACAUGCGCAGCCACCGAAUCGUGGCCGGGGUGUACGCGAUCGACUACCUCGAGCAACCGCUGCAAGACAUCCAGAUCGCCAAGAAAACGUUCCUCCGCACAGUGCCCCAGCCGGGGAAGCUGAAGCGCAAGGCGUUCUACCAAGCGUACCGGCCACCGCCGACCCCGCAACCCGGCGUCCGCCGGCUGCCGGAGGAGAUCGAGGCGGAGAUCAAGCAGAUGGAGGAGAACCUGGACAAACUAGCGCUGGUCACGGUGCAGCUACCGGAGAGUGUGUUCUGGUUCGAGCCACCGAUCGUGUGCCGCUGGGAGUUGAAAGAGGAAACGCUCGAGUCCGAGCCGGGCUUUGCGAAGUACCUGGACCGGCACGCAAAGGUCCUGCAGGCGGCCCGGGAGCGCACGGAGCGGUCGCACCUCGAUCGGCGCACCCGCUACGUGGAUGACUUUAACAUCCUGGACGUGCCGCAACACGUUCCGCUGCGAGCGAUCGUGACGGACUACGUGAUCCCCAAGCUGCCCGCUAGCUGCAGCGUGAAGAUUGUGGUGGCGGACGACAAGCGAAGAUCCGGCGGUGGCCCCGGUGCCGGGUCUUCCGCGUCGAGCGGCGGGAAGCGCUCGUCGAAGCAGAAGCGCCGCCUGCACAAGAUGCCCUCGAACGCCACGCUCGGAAGUAUCAUCUACGAGACGAAGGUACCGGACUUCCUGUUUGCCACGCGCAACUUGGCGCGCGUGCUGAAGAUACUGGACCGCCGGAACCGCCAGUGUUACCCGUGUCCGGUGGCGUCCGAUAGCGACGAUCUGGACGACUACGACGAGUCGGACAACGAUUACUACCGGGGUGGUGGUGGUGGUCCAGGCGGUGGUGCGGUGGUCAGUGCCAGUAGCUACAUGAAGCGCAAGGUCUACAUGUUUUCCGCCUUCAUGAAGGAUCUGGACGAGCUGCUGGAAGCAAAGUCCCCGAAGGUCCAGUCGAAGCUCGAGCAGGAACUUGCCGGCAACACGGCGGUCCAUGCGGGGGCCACCGGCAAACAGUCGCUGCAGGUGGUGCGCUCCGACGAGGACCGGUACCGCGGGGGUGGCCGCGGUGGCGGUGGCGAUAAGGGCGAGAAGGGCAAGAAGCCGGCCAAGAGCAAGUUCGACUCCGACGACGAGGAGGUCGACUACGGCAAGGUCCUGGAGGUGGGCAACUACGUGAUGGUCGAGAACGAGAAGCGCUACCUGGGCAAGUGGUCCACGCGGGACGUGCACGACGUGAAGUUCAACGAGGACAAGCUGACGAUCCAGUUCCGCAUCGGGCGCCUCGGUGCGUUCGGGUUCGCCGCCAACCGCUACAGCAACGUGCCGUACCAAUCGUGGGAGCUGAAGCCGGACAUUAAGAACCCGGGAACGGUUGUGUUCUCGCUGACCGCGUCGGUCGUCAGCACCGAGAUCACCAUCACGGAGGCCGGAUUCCGCGUGAACUCACUGCAGGGCGGCCCGACGCAGGCGCUCCAGGAAAUUCUCGGCGUAACGCUGUCGCUCCGCAAACUCGUCCAAACGCUGCGCCUGGCCGCCGUCGAUCUGUUCCCCGAGGACGACGCGUUCAACUACACGGAGGGAACAUGCGAAAAGAACCCGAUCAUGGAGUCGCACCUGUACGAGUGUAUGGGCCUGCUGGCGCUGACGCACAACUUCUCCUGGUCCCGCUGGAACCUGCUGUCCGGGUGCCGGAUGUGUGUGCUACUGAUGCGCGAGAUCGUCGAGCACCGGCGGUUGCCGAACCACUCGACGCUACUCGUGACCCCGCUGAAGGCGUCCGUCAUCGACACGGUCGAGGUGUCGCCCGUCUUCAACCCGAACCCGGUCGAGGGCAUGAAUCACUACGCCGACCUGUACCACCUGGGUCGCGAUCAGUCGCAACCGUCAUCGCGGGUCAAGCAGGAAAAGAUGAGCCCCAUUCUGCGCGAGAACGUAGUGCAGCUCCUGAAGCUGGUCCGCACGCUCAGCUUCGCCUAA